CCGCCCGUCCGCCCGCCAGCCAGCCAGCAGCGAUACCCGGGCGCGGGGCGGACGGAGGAGCCCCAGCGCUGCGCUUCGCCGCGGCGAACCAAGCCAGCCAGCAAGCCAGGCGGCCCGGCCGGCCAGCCUCUCUGGGGCCCGCGCGCCUCGCCCAUGCGGGCCGGCGCGCGGCGCCUGCCCCGUCGCCAGCCGGGCGCGCAGCCAUGAGCCAGGCGGAGCUGUCGGCUCCCCGCGCGGCGCCCAGCCAGCGCGUCUUCCAGGAGGCGGUGCGCAAGGGCAACACGGCCGAACUGCACUCGCUGCUGCAGAACAUGAGCAGCUGCGAGUUCAACGUCAACUCCUUCGGGCCGGAGGGCCAGACGGCGCUGCACCAGUCGGUGAUAGACGGCAACCUGGAGCUGGUCAAGCUGCUCGUCAAGUUCGGCGCCGACAUCCGCCUGGCCAACCGCGACGGCUGGAGCGCGCUGCACAUCGCCGCCUUCGGGGGCCACCAGGACAUCGUCCUCUACCUGAUCACCAAGGCCAAGUACUCGGCCGCCGGCGCGGGGGACGGCGCGGGGGGCGGCGGCCGCGGCUGAGCGUGCCCCGAGCCGCGCCGGGCCCGGAGAGGAGGUCCCCGUCGCGGCGCUCCGGGGCCCCCGGCCGGCCUGCAGCCCCGCGCGGCGGCGAGCCCGUCCCUGAGGCCUCCUGGAGGACUGAGCUCUGCGCCGCGUCCCGGGAGAGGAGGUGCGCGCUGCUGGCUGGCACGGGGCGGUGAGGCGAGGCGAGGCGGGCCCCGGCCAGGACCUCCUUGCCCCGCGAGACCAGCCGCGUGCCGCCGCCGCCCUGCCUCUCAUCUACCUCGGUUGUUCCACAGUGUUGGCUCCCGCGCUUCCCUUCCUUGGGCCGCUCGGCUGCCGCCCCCCGCGCGCCAGCAGCUGCCAGGGCCGUCCCCCGCCACCCCCCGCAGGGGCCUUUCCCGGCGGCGGGGUCGAGCGGCCCCUCCAGCCCCUGCUCCGAAGGCGAGGCGGCCGCAGCUUUUGUCUGGUGUCCAGACCGAAAUCGCCCCUCCCCGGCGCGCCCCCCCCCCCGCUUCCAGCUCUCUCUUCCCCUCCUCGCAGUCUUUUUGUCAGCUCCAGCGGGGGGGGGGGUCGCGGCGCGGGGGAGCUUUUUUUUCUUUUUUUUGCAAAAAAGGUGGUGCAUUUCGCCUGGUCUCUUUCGAAGGGGAGGGGGCGCUUUAGGAAGCGUCUUCGGAAGGUCGAGGGCGCCCCCUGCUGCUGAUGGAGGGGAAGGAAACUACUGAAAAAGACAUUUCGAAGGAGGCGAUUUCAGAUUUCAGCGCGGGGUUCGCCGCCCGGCCCGCUUCGGAAAGGAGGGGGCGCCGGUCCCCCCAACUGACUGCCCGCGUGCCUCCGAUGCUGCUCUUAAUCCUCCGCCGGGCGUGGUGCGCCCAGGCAGCCCCCAUGAAUGUCGAGGAAUCGCCCGCCUCUUCUGCCCCCUUUUCGUAUGCACUAGAGAGAGCGAGAGAGAAGCCUUUUUCACUGCCAUAUCACCUGCGUCUCUUCUCCCCCACCCCCAUAGCCAUUAAACCUUUUAAAAUA